CGCCGCGCCGCCCGCCGCACCGCCCGCCUGAGGCUCCGCGGGGUACCGGGGAGCGGCGGCGGAGAGCAGUCCUCGCAGAGGUAAAAAUCCCUCCGGGUCUGUAACUCUUCCCCAGGGCGAGGAGGCUCCUGCCCGCUGACACCGGUGGAGCACCGCAGAGGAGAGGACCAAGGUACCCAAUGCCCCGUGGUGCUGCUGCCAAGCGCCUGCCCUGGAGCCCUGGUACCUCCUGACGGUACCUGGUGCAUGCAAGCGGGGUGCCAUCUCUGCCAUAUGUGCCCCGGGGAGCCCAUGCCAGUGGCCUGACGCACACAGGUGGUGCAGACAUGUGAUGCCGGAGGAGCACGGUGGCGAUGAUAUGGAAUGUGGGCAGCUGCCUUCGGACACGCUCCGACAGGUGACGGUCCAGCGCCACCCCUGCUACGGAUUCGGCUUCGUGGCCGGCAGCGAGAGGCCGGUGGUGGUGCGCUCGGUGGCAGCAGGCGGCCCCUCCGAGGAUAAACUCCUGCCAGGAGACCAGAUCUUGGCCAUCAAUGAUGAGGACGUGAGUGAAGCCCCCAGAGAGAGAUUCAUCGAGCUUGUCAGGAAGGCCAAGGACUUCAUCAUCCUCACGGUCCUGCACACCCACCAGUCUCCCAAAUCUGCUUUCAUCAGCGCAGCCAAGAAGGCGAAGCUAAGGUCCAACCCGGCCAAGGUCCGGUUUUCAGAGCAGGUGACAGUCGGCAACACAGACCCAGACAUGUUGAAGAAAGAAGCUCUCCUCCUCAUUCCUAAUGUGCUGAAGGUUUUCCUGGAGAACGGGCAGAUCAAAUCCUUCACAUUUGAUGGCCGAACCACCGUGAAGGACGUGAUGGUGACAUUGCAGGACCGCCUGUCCCUGAGGCACAUCGAGCACUUUGCCCUGGUCCUGGAGUAUUCCAGCUCGGAGCAGAGCCACCGGUUCCUGCUGCUCCAGGACAAGCAACCGCUGGCCCAUGUUGUACAGAGGACACACUACCAUGGCAUGAGAUGCCUCUUCCGUGUGAGCUUCUUCCCCAAGGACCCGAUGGAGCUGCUACGCCGGGAUCCUGCAGCAUUUGAGUACCUGUACAUCCAGAGCCGCAACGAUGUGAUCAGAGAGCGCUUCGGCACAGACCCCAAACCAGAGAUGCUGCUGGGGCUGGCUGCCCUCCACAUCUACAUCACUGUCUCAGCCACUCGCCCCAGCCAGAAGGUCUCCCUCAAGAACGUGGAGAAGGAGUGGGGCCUGGAGCCCUUCCUGCCCCCCUCGCUCCUGCAGCUCAUCAAAGAGAAGAGCCUCCGGAAAUCCCUCUCGCAGCAGCUCAAAGCCCACCAGAGCCAGCCUGGUGGCACCAAGGUCUCCACGGCCCAGGCAAAGCUGCAGUACCUGAGGAUCCUGAACGAGCUGCCCACCUUUGCUGGCGUCCUCUUCAACACAGUGGGACUGGAUGAGAAGCAGCCAGCCACCACGCUUCUGGUGGGACCCCGGCACGGCAUCAGCCAUGUCAUCGACCUGAAGACCAACCUCACCACGGUGCUGUCGGAGUUCAGCAAGGUCAGCAAGAUCCAGCUCUUCAGGGAGAACCAGGGGGUGGCCCGGGUGGAGACGAGCAUCCUGGAUGCCAAGCCGCUGGUGCUGCUGAUGGAAUGGCCUGAAGCCACCAACUUCGCCUGCCUGAUCGCAGGCUACUGCCGUCUCCUGGUGGACUCCAAGAAGAUGAUAUUCUCCAGGGCCCCCAGCCAGCCUCCCCCUCCUCAGAUUAUCAAGGCAGAUUACAUCAAUGCACACAACUUCCACCGGCCUGCCACGGCGGGGCAUGCGGGAAAGAAAGAGAGCGGGUUGGUGGCUGGCUCUGCCGCCGGCACCGGAGCAGCCGGGGCUCCACCAGCCAGAGCUUCUGACUCGGAGCUCAUCAGCUUCUGCUACCUGCACAUGCGAGAGCAGAGGAAGGAAAGAGAGAGCGGGACGGACAUCAAUGAAAACCUGAUUUUUUUUGAGGAGACCCGCCCCAGGACCAAAUCUGACCCCACUUCCAAAAGCUCUGGCCAAGGCUACAACGGGACAGCUAAUGAGUAUGACCCGGAUGGCCUUGACCAAGACAGGCACAUGAGCAGGGCCAGGGCACACACCAUAGACACCCACUUGCGGAGCGACGCCGCACACUUCUACUGCGAGUCCUGCCAAGCCAAACUCAAGAGCCGGCUGGCCUCAUGCAAGGGGGGCAAGCCCGGCAGCACCCGGGAUAACAUGGUGGACUUGAUGUCUCUUCCCCCUCCUGGGAAUGACGAGGAAGAAGAUGAGAUGACGUCCCUGCUCCCUGCCAUUGCUGCACCUCCUCCCGGCUUCCGAGACAACAGCUCGGAUGAGGAUGAUCCCAAGCGCCGUGCAGCUGCCCAGAGCCAGGAGCAGGGCCGGCACCUCUGUGGCAUCCUCUACGACGAGAUCCCUGUCACACUGAUAGACAACGUGCAACCACGGACGGUCCGAGACCAUGCCCAAGAGCUGGAUGAUGCCCUGGUGUCCACCCUGCAAGCGCUGGAAGCCCUGGCUGCUUCAGAGGAUUGUCCACAUCCCCCACCACAGCAGACAGCAGGUCUUAUUGUCCUGGCUGCCAUCACUCCCGAGUCAUCCCUGGAUUCUGGCCAUGAAACCAACUCUUCAGAGCUAACCGAUAUCUCAGAGAUGGUCUCUGCCAUGAAGCAGCAUCAGAACGCAGCCUACUUCCUUGCCCAACACAUAAACAAAGAGAACCUCCUGGCCAGAAAGGACUUGCCCUUCCGAAUCCAGAGCUGUGCUGCCCAGGCUGUCCUCACCUCCCCCUGUGCCCUCAGUCGCCAGGAUCCAAGCCCUUCGUUGAAGCCAGCUUUCUCUAACCAAAGCCCCAACCCUACCAACUGCCAGAGCAAGCAGGAGCAGCAGCAUCCUGAGCGGAGCUACCCCUCGGCUGCCCAGCCAGCGCUGACCCCCCAGCUCAGUGAGCAGAGCAGGGGGGCUCCAGCGCCAGGCUCUGAAUGCAAAGGCGGAGGCCACACAAAAGCUGCCUUUGAGGCAUCUCUGCAUGCCACAGCAGCCCUGAGCAUGCAGCAGGCACAGGAUCUACAAGAGAAGAUGCCCAAAGAGGUCCAGCCAAGCUCCAAGCUCCUCCUGGAUCAGAAAAGCGGUGUAACUCCAGCCAUCAUUGCAGCUGCUCUGCAACAAGUGGCAAACGCAAAAGGCUCAGCUCCCCAAGUGACAGCAGCCUCAAAAGAGGACAAGAAUAUGAAUGAUACCAGCAGCUGUGCAUCAGCCAGCAGCAAGCCUUUAAAAUCCAAAGGAGGUCCACAAACCGCAGAGACAUCAUGCAACUGUCAGCAGCAGCAGCAGCAGCAACUCCCUCCACAGCAGCACUGUGAAGACUCUCCAAGUCCUAAAGCAGCUCACGGCAGUAAGGCUGAAGCUUUCCACAGCACCUCAGGUGAGGAAAUGAUGCCCAGUAAGACUUUUGCCUCUAAAAGCUACCAGCAAAAAGCAGGUAGAGAUGCUCCAGGAAAAGCCACAAGCGGAGAGCCAGGUCCAAAGGCGGGUGGGGAAGCCCCGACCCUCAUCUUUCAGAAACACACAGCUCCUUCAAACCAAGGGCAGAAAAUGCAACAGGAAAGCUCAGCCAAAGGCUUAAUAAAAGCUGAGAGUAGUAACCUGCACUCUCCAUCACCUGGUAGCGCUUUCAGGAGCACCAGUGAGGAACCCAAAGGGCCAGUCCAGCUGGUGCACAGAUCUGAGAGCCUGCAGAUCAGCACUGUGCCUUCCAAAAAAGUAGAGAAAGCCCUGGAGGUGACCCAACAAGAUGCUGAUGUCCCAGCUAAACCCAAAGCUCCAAAAGCUUCCUUCAGGUUGAGGAACUUGUUCUCGGCAACUUUUCCAACGCGGCUGAAGAAGGAGACGGACGAGCGGCAAGCCCAGUUGCAGAAGGUGAAGCAGUACGAGCUGGAAUUCCUUGAGGAGCUGCUCAAGCCAAAGAGCAAAGGCGACCUCCCACCACAAGAGUAUCUUCACCCUCCUGCCCCCGGGCGCUGCAGCUGCCAGCUAAGGAGCAGCCCCGUGCAGAAGGUCCCGGGGAUGUCGAGGGAGCAAAGGCGUAGCUGCGACUGCAAGCGGAUCUGCAGGGGGGUGAGGCCACCUCCUAACCACAUGGUGAUGCCAGAACUGGAGAGGAGAGGAAGGGACAAAGUUAGCAAUGAGCAGAAGCAGGAGGAAGCCAUUAGGUUGACAAGCAUGAGCAGCCCUUCCAAAGGCAAGCGGAUACGAUCCACGAGUUUAGAGUCCAGAGACUACCGGUCAGAUCCAGAGAACAGCAUGUCCUGUUUGACCACGUGUGCUUCCCGGGGGGAGUGCAUGGGUGCUCCACACUACAGGAAGCUUCUGCGUCGCUACAGUGUCAGUGAAAUAGAUAAGACUGAUAGGACAUCCCUGUCCUCUGACAUCUACCAGAACAUCUAUACAACCAAACAGAAAGGCCCACAGAAAGAGCCUGAGCCCAGCAUCCUUUGUCCUCUUCUGAAGAGCAAAAUCCAUGAAGCCGCUGGAGUGCCUGACCCCUCCUAUGUCCAGAUAGCACAGGAGAAAAAGAACCAGAAGGGCUCAGCAGUGUUCUCUCUCCAGGAGGAGAUGUAUCCAAGUCCUGCUGAGCUGCGGGAUGAAGACAUGGAGGAUGAGAAGUGCUGCUCCAUCCGGUACUGCUUCUACUACAGGAAAUGCGAUGUUGCAGACGAUGGGAGUGAGAAGGAUGAGCUGUCCUAUUCCAUCCCCAUGCAGAUACUCCCAGGAAUGAAGCUAGAUAAUCAAAUGGUCCCAGUCAUGAGCAGAACCCUUCAGGUCCUGGAUGCAACAGCCUGCAGCAGUCCCAAUGACAGUCAGACCCAGGAAAUAGAUUUAAGGACCUCCAGUUUUGAGGGGAGCUUGACAAAGAUCAACGCCCUUCGAGGCCACGCCUACAGCUUUCCCAAUGGGUUCCUGCAAGUGCAGCUGGACACCAAUGAGCUCCUGACUAUCCUGAGGCAGUGCGUGGUGAGCCCUGAUGUCCAGGACUGCAAACCCUACAUCUCCCAACUGGCUGAGUACAAGCAAGAGCUCGCCCUCAAGUUCAAGGAGUUCCGUGCAUCCUGCCGCCGCGUGGCAGCCGUGGACAAGAGCCCUACCCACAUGCUCUCCGCCAUCACAAGCAGCUUCCAGGUGCUAAGCAGCCUCAUCGAGACGUUUGUGAGGCUGGUGUACAUCGUGCGCUCAGAGUCGCAGCGCCAAGAGCUGCUGGCAAAGGUGGAGGAAGUGGUGAGGAACUACACCUUCCUCCUGAAGGCUGCGGAGGAGUCCACGGCCAGAACGCUGAGCCACCAGCAGGCGGUGGAGCAGCUCACCCGACAGUCAGCCACGGUUGCCACCGUCAUGAGCACGCUCACGCGCUCCCUAAAGACGUUGAUCAAUAAGUAAGCCAGCUACGAAAGCCAACAAGCCGGUGUGUGCCGGGCCAUGUGCUCAUGGUUCUCAAGUCGUAUAGGUCUGGUGAGGAUGCGUGUCUAGAGGCCCACGUCUACUGCGGUUUGUGGUGGCCACGAUGCUCUUUUAUCUCUGCAGAAUGGGUGGUUGCGUUGGUGGUGGGUUUGAAGGGUAAAUUCAUGCCCUGCUGCAAGCUGUGCAACCAGCUCAUCGGGGUUGUCAAGUAGCUGCUCUGCUUGCUGUACCAUGCUGGUUUGACGGUGAUGGUACCUGGGGGGCACAGUCACACCUUCUCCACGCUCAUGUGGUUCUGGGCCUUGCCUGUGAAAAGCCCUUUGUCACGGUGGGCCAGUGAGUGAGCAGGAACUGAACUGAGAUCUCCUGGCUUCAUGUGGGCAGUUUAGAGCCAAACCAGUGUCUUGCCACGUAAACAGCUCUUCCGCCUCCAGGGUCUUCCUGGCCCACAAAUGCAGUGUAAUUAGCAGCAGAAGGAAUCUCUGGGGUGCAAGUUCCUGCUGCUGUGCUAGGGCUUGGGAAGUAGUCCUAGCAUGGACAGGAUGUCAUAAUCCUGAGGCAGAGCUAGGUCACCCUAGCAGGCUCUACUCUCACAGCUUAGGCACCAGCGCCUGUGCAAAAGGCAAGGGCUUAAUGAGUGCGAGCAGGGAGGAUAUAGAGAACUACCAUCAGUCUGGCCUCCGUGUCAGGGGAGGUUGUAGAGCAGAUCAUUUGAGUGCCAUCUCAUGGCACACGCAGGACAACCAGGUGAUCAGGCCCAGUCACCAUGGGUUUAUGAAAGGCAGGUCCUGCUUGACUAACUUGAUCGUCUGUGACACAGUGACCUGCUUAGUGGUUGAGGGAAAGGCUGUGGAUGUUGUCUACCUAGACUUUAGUAAAGCCUUUGACACAGUUUCCCACAGCAUUUUCCUAGAGAAACUGGCUACUCAUGGCGUGGAUGGGUCUACCCUUCUCUGGGUAAAACACUGUCUGGAUGGCUGGGUCCAAAGGGUUGUGGUGAAUGGAGUUAAAUCCUGUUGGUGGCUGGUCACAAGUGCUGUUCCCCAGGGCUCAGUAUUGGAGCCAGUUCUGUUCGAUGUCUUUAUAGACAACCUGGGCAAGGGGAUCAAGUGCACUCCCACUAAGUUUGCAGAUGACACCAGUUGGGUGGGAGUGUGAAUCUGCUUGAGGGUAGGAAGGCUUUGCAGAGUGAUCUGGACAGGCUGGAUCCAUGGGCUGGGGCCAAUUGUAUGAGGUUCAGUGCCAGGUCCUGCAUUUGGGCCACAACAACCUCGUGCAAGGCUACAGGCGUGGGGAAGAGUGGCUGGAAAGAUGUCGGGUAGAAAAGGACCUGGGGGUGUUGGUCGACAGCCACUGAACAUGAGCAGCGUGUGCUCAGGCAGCCCAGAAAGCCAACAGCAUCCUGGCCUGUAUCAGCACCAGUGUGGCAGCAGGGCCAGGGCAGUGAUCAUCCCCCUGUGCUGGGCACUGGGGGGAGUGAUUCGAGGCUGCACCUCGAAUCCUGUGUUCGGUUCUGGGCCCCUCACUACAAGAGAGAUAUUGAGGUGCUGGAGCGGGGCCAGAGAAGGGCAACGGAGCUGGUGCAGGGCCUGGAGCACAAGUGUGAUGAGGAACAGCUGAGGGACCUGGGGGGGUUUAGUCUGGAGAAGAGAAGGCUCAGGGGAGAGCUUAUUGCUCUCUGCAGCUACCUGAAAGGAGGUUGUUGUGAGGUAGGUGUCAAGUCUCAAAAGUGAUGGGAUGGGAGAAAACGGCCUCAAGUUGUGCCAGGGGAGGUUUAAAUUGGAUAUGAGGAAAAAUUUCUUCACCAAAAGCGUUACGAAGCACUGGAACAGGCUGCCCAGGGAAGUGGUGGAGUCACCAUCCCUGGAGGUAUUUAAAAGACAUGCAGAUGUGGCACUUGGGGACAUGGUUUAGUGGUGGACUUGGCAGUGUUCAGUUUAUGGUUGGAUUCAAUGAUCUUAAGGGUCUUUUCCAACCUAAAUGAUUCUUUGAUUCUGUGUUCCCCUUCCUCUGCUGGAUGGCUGUGUCCACACUAGAGAGCCUGCAAGGAACCCAGACUGAUCUUUGACCAUUGCACGUCAGAAGUUGGGCUAGCAGCUGAGAGGAGACCUCUUUCACACCAUUCUCCGGAGGUCAGGUCCAUGCUCCAAGGCUCAGCCCAAACCCUCUCCUACUUCUUCUCACCAUGCCCAUUAGAGAGCAGCCCAGAUCAGCUUUCUCUGUGAGCCACGGCUUGCCCCUCAGUCAGGCAGUACUACUGCCAUUGGCCAAAGGAGCUGCCCUCCUUGCCAGGGUGUUGGGGUCCUUUUCCUGUCUCCACUGGACUGACUGCCAUAACAAGCAUUAUUUAGUUCUGUGUGAUGGUUAUUUAUUUGGAGUUGGGGUUUUUUGGAUUAUUCCUUUUUCACUUCCAGCUGAAUGGUAAAAUAAUUCCUGCUUCUCUUCACACCCCAAGGUUCCCCUCCUCCUCGUCCCAGUCUAGAGCUAAUCAAUCAGACUGCCUUAAUUGGUGCUUCACUGCAGUCACCCACCCUCCAAAAUGCAAGGUUACACACUGCAUUGCCCUUACCCUGCACUUCACACAUGCAUAGGGAGAGCGGGUCCUCUCGGGGUCCCGGGACCAAUCCCCAUCGCACCCACCUCUGGCUGGAAAGGGAGAUCGUGGCAUCAGCCCCACAGGAGGAGUGAGACGGGCUGUGAACACCAGCCAGCUUGCCCCAGCACUUGGGAAUGAUCAGGGAUCUCCACAGGAUCAGUCGCUUCCCAUCUCUAUUAUUUCUUUAUAAAUAUGCACAUCCGAAAUCUCUCGUUCUUCCACAGGAGUUAUGGAAAUGCACAAUGUGCUUUUAACAUGCGCAUCCUCUACCGAGUGCAAUAACCUCCCCUGGCCCGUGGCUGUCCCGGACUUUGGCCAUUGCUGUCGGCAAGGCAGAAGGGAUCCUGCUGUGGGGACAGCCUCCUGCUUUCAACAACCAAUGUAGCAAAUACACAGUGGAAGAGCCAGGUUGGAAUGUCAGUCUGUGGUGGACAAAGCCUGUUACAACGCUGAAGGCUGACAGGGAGCCGUGUUUUUCUUUUCCCCGUCAAUUACCUAUUAUGAAACUCUGAGUUUCUUCAAGCUCCCCAUUAUGCCUAUAUCAUUCCUCCAUAGAUCUCUCAGUCUAAUACAGAGGAAAAUUUUUUUAUUGUCUGUAUAUAGUAUAUAUAAAUUAAAAAAAAAUAUAAAUUAUAUAUAUACACAAAUUUAUGUCUUGUUUUACAAACAAGAAAGAUUAAAUAUAUUAAUCUUAAUAUC